AUGAAUCGAACAUUUGGUAAUAAUUCCUAUUCUUCUACGAACUCUCGAAUGGCAUCAGCACCAGGCACGGACUGGGAAGAUUUACGUAAACAAGCUCGUCAACUUGAAAAUGAAAUUGACGCUAAAUUAAUGUCAUUUUCAAAAUUAUGUUCAAAUUAUGUCGCACGUGAUCACUCAUCUCUUUUACCCUCCUCGCCAUCGGCAUCGUCCUUUGAAACCAUGUCGAUGGAAAUCGAAAAACUUCUCGAACAUUUAGCGGACGUCAACAAACGCAUGACCGAUGCCGUACCUGCACUGCUCGGUCCAAAUACAGCUGCAACACAUACAUUGCAACGACAUCACGAGAUUUGUCAAGACUAUCGACGUGAAUUCGAACGAACGAAAGCAAACAUACGAACAUUUCAAACACGUGAAGAUCUCCUGAUCAAUAACAACACUGUCACUUCUGACAUCAGUUCUCAAGGACUGAACAGUCGCCGACAGGAGCACUACCUACGAGAAAUGGAACACUUGAGUAACUCACAUAACCUAAUCGAUAAACAGUUGGAAAGUAUGGUCAUGUUAAAAGACAAUCUAUUCGGUCAACGGAAGCAUUUCAUGAAUAUUACACAUAAAGUCAAAGCCAUAGCUAAUCGGUCUCCUUUGAUGAAUAAUAUUUUGCAUAAGAUCAAGUUGAAAAAGCAUAUGGAUAAUGAAUGUCAUCGUCUACUAUAUAGAAAUUCUUCGAUUAGUUUAUUUGAGAGUUACAUCAUCAUAGAAAAAUUCAUCAUCGACACACGAUUAUCAUUCGUUGAUCAGUACAAGCUAUUUGACUUAUUAAAAAAGUUACUACCAAAUGAAGACAAUCAGCUAACUUGUCAAGGCUUUCUUUCGUGGCUCGUCUGGCGUGUAGAUCAAUACAAAGAUCAACAAGAUGAUGAAAGAGACAUUCACACAAACAAAAGAUUGUUCGAUCAAACAAUCAGAGACCAGAAUGAUGAUUCGUUUCAUAAACGAUUGAGAAUGAGUCGGACGCAUUCCGUAUCCGAAUCAUGCAAUGACACGUCUUUAACUCACUACACUCAACAGCAACUGGGGCACGAUAUGAACAUGUCUUCAGGUAUUUAUCAACAGAUCGACCGUUUGCAAUCGAUCGUCCUUCGUCUUGCAUCGAACAUUGAUGUUCUCAACCAAAAGUCAAGCAUUCGAGAUAGACCACCGUCUUUUUUCGAAACACAUAUCAAACACGAACAUAUCGAAGAUAAUGAACCCUCAGAGUUGGAGAUGGACGAUGAACAUGACGAUGAAGUGUUAGACACAAACCAACAUUCGGAUGAUCCUGCUAGUACAUCGACAAAUUUGCCAUAUGCCAUUCAUCCAAUGUCUACGAAAACAAUUAUGUACAAUGGACGAAAUAUGAUGAAACAUCUUCGACCACGGACAACAUUGACUAGUUUUGCUCGACAUGUUGCUAGCGAUCUGUUUUCACGCGAAGAAAUCAUGGCUAAACUACAUGUGGAUCACAAUAACGAACGAGAUGCCCUUCUUCGACACUGCAUAUGUACAGCUUGGAACUUAAGCGAACAGGAACUGUAUUUGAUGUGGCCCAAAAUUCGGAAUGCUUUGUUACAGUUGCGUCGCGAUGCGAUCGCUGGUAAAUGUAUUCGUAUGGAUGGCAAAAGAAGGUCACACGAGCAUCAACAUCAACAACAUAAAUCCGACAAUUUUCAUCAUUGCCAUAGCGAUGACGAUGAUGAUGACACUCCUAUCAAGUCUGACCCUUGUACAUAG